AUGUUCAGGAAGGCGCUCCGAAAACUGCAUCUACCAACUGCCAAUGGCAUUGAUGACAGGGUAGUAUCGGUAGAUGAUCAUCAUAUACAUGCCCUCCCUUUCGAUGGUCAAAGAUACCGAUCUGGCGGUUCGACGGAGAGCUUUCAUGUGUCGCAGAGUGAUGCAUAUGAACCUCCAUUUUUUAAACUUUCAUUCGAUGUUCUUGAGAUAGUCCUGAAAUACCUCUCCUUCCGGGAUCGAAUAGCUCUUUCCCUUACGACCAAGGGUCUUCGUCAUCUGGAUCCCCAACAAAUUUAUGCGAACUCGUCUACCCCCAUAACCAGCCCUCGCAAUCUGCUGGGGGCGGCGGAGCGCAUAUCUCGACAGCUCCUUCCUCUUCGUCCGGAAUUCAAAUUCCGCGAAAAAAUUUCGAGUGCUGGGGCCGGGAGGCUAGCACAAGAUGGGGUAUUCAGAUGCCCAUAUUGUUUCCAUGAGCUCUGCCCACCAACAUGCGGGACAGCUCUUUUUUUAGACCAUGCCACCGGCAUAUUCUAUCCACGAUCUCUAUUUCCUAUUGAGACUGCCGAGUUUUACUAUUCAGUAUCUCGUUGCGAAUUUCGUCCGAAGGCAGAGAUGGAAAGAGAUAACCCUGAACCGCAGGGGGCCUUUUAUUCAACAAUUUGGUGCCAGCACCAUCGUUGUCCACGAGAUAUAUUGCUUAACCAAAAGAAGAAUUAUAACAAAAAGUAUGGUAGUGGCUUUGCUCGUUUCUGUUUUGAGUAUGAGGAUAUGAAACGAUGGCAGGCACUACGGGCUAGCCGACAGCCAUUGGCGACAUCUGCGCGUGUUAGGUGGUUAGUUGGACACCGAAAACAGUAUCCACUGUACUUAAUCGCUGCUGCGGCCGGUCUCAAAGCUACAAAUCGGAAAGAGCGUUUAACGUGGGGCGCGAACCGCCCCACGGAGUUGGAGAAACAUUGCUGGAUGGAGCCGGUGUAUGAAAAAUUCUUUUAUGAAACGGUAUGCAGACACUGCUUAUUGCCACUCGCCUACCCUGUCGCAACGGGUUGGAGGGAGCGAUACAAGAAAUGGUUCGGCGAAACCUGCCGUUGCGAAGCCCGCAUGCCGGGCGGAUGCAGAAGGUGUGGGGUGGUCAGUGUUAAAUUUACCAUGGUUGAGGUGUUCGAUACCUUCCUGCAAAUAUAUUCUGGGACGAAGGGGCUUGUGAAGCGAAGGAGUUACUGGUUGUUUCUCGCUAAAGAAUGCGAGAUAGCGAACUACUUUUCCGGCCAGAACAAAUCUCGACUGAAGUGCGUCUACCCUCUUGAAGCGGAAAGACGUUUAAACAUCGUUCGAGGGGUCGAGGUUGCACUGAUCGCGCGGCCAAGAAUCGGACUGCAAGAUCUGCCGUAUCAGACCAUCCUAUGGAUCAUGACACUGCACAAUCGAACUAAUGAUUUCCAUACGAGCGGGUACAAUGAAAUGGUUCAAUCGAGUUAUAUAUUUCUGAAGACUUGGUAUGGAAGCAGUGCGGCUGUGAUGGCGCGCGACACUAUGGACAUGUCGGCGUGGCGGGACCGCAUUAAUAUGUGUUGGCCUGAGGCCAGACCAGUGAAUGAGGGUGACACGGUCGAAGUCAAGUACGGCCCGACGUUACACCGAGACAAAUUUAAGCAUAACCUUUCGGAUAUCCUCGAUUUGACGAAACUUACCAAAAUCAAUUUAACGUUAUAUCUCCGCAAUCGAAUACUCUCGUCGGACGACCAGGAAGCUCUGUGGGAUAGCGGCGAGGAAUGGGAGGACAACCAACCAGGAAACCGAAGCCCCCAACAGCGAUUUGCAGAUUACGAUGUCAUCGGCGAUAGUGACACGGGGAAUAUUCGAGAACAAGCGAAACUAUUAUCUGGCCUCCUUUUUUCAACUCCGAACCUCGUCCAUUUAUGUUUAGCCACAAAUAGCAGUCGCUACGAACCCGUCGAACUAUACAAUUUUGCCAAGGCGCUAAAGGCUCUCCAACGGACUGUCCUUGCGCUCCGAAAACUCAGAGUCAUGGAACUCCACGGCCUGAUAUUCCAUCCCUGUUUCUUCCUACACCCCCCGGAGAGCGUCAGAGUUUUUAGAAUCGAAAGUGGGGGUACGGGAAAUGUAUCCGCUGCGUGGUGGAAGAAAUUCGCCGCUUGCCCCUUCACGAAUGUUGAGGAAAUGACACUAAAUACCCAACAUAUGGCCCUCGGCAACUGGACAUCCAGCGACGACGAAGAAGAACAGCAGAAUGACAUCAAAUUUUGGAUAUUCGGAGUAGGCGAUGUUAGAAUGGAGAAUUUGAGAAAGUUUAGGGCACCGCUUUUAGAAACAUUGCAAAUAUCUCAUGGACCUUUGGAUCUAUUGGAGUGCGUUCUCAAAAAGAAUCCGAAGUUAGACGAGGAUUCGGUUAAACGGUUAUCUGCGGCGUGUAUGCUUGAUAAAGCUUAUCAAAUGGAAACGGCGGACCUGAUGGACGAAAAUGUAUACUGCGAUCAAAACCAGGUUUGCUGA